AUGUCCUCCGCCGUCUGCGCCACCUCCGCGCGCGUCGUCGCCCCGCGCGCCGCCGUCCGCGCGCGCGCCUCCUCGGAGAGAAGGCCCGUCCCCGCCCCCAACCGCCGCUCGAUGCUCGCGUCGGUCCCCGCGCUGCUCCUCGCCACCGGCGCGCGUCCCGCCGCCGCCAAGGCCCCGCCCGAGUACUACGACGACACCAUGGAGAUCAUCGCCCUCACCAAGUCCAUCAUCUCCGGCAGCGACCUCUCCGAGGCGAACAUCGCCGACUUCCAGGCGAAGCGAGACGUGUGGUACAACAACUACCAGCUCCACCACGAGAAGGGCGUCGGGUACGGCUACGCAAACACCUUCAACGCGCAGGCCAAGGUGGGCUUCCAGCUCAGGGUGUGCGCGGAGAAGGGCGAACCCUUCGAUCCCGAUCACACGGUGUACAACAAGGACUACCUCCUGGAGAUUCUGGACCGGGGGAAGGCGGCGCUCGACGAGAUGAAGGCGGCGGGGCAGUUGUGA